UCUGUGUAUUCCUUCCAUCUUCUUUUGAUGCUUCCUGCGUUGUUUAAUACUGUGUGGAUCAUAACAAAUUAUGGAUAACAUUGCGAAGAAUGGGAAUUCCAGAACACUUAAUUGUGCUCAUGAGAAACCUGUACAUAGAUCAAGAGGCAGUUGUUCAAACAGAACAAGGGGAUAAUGUGUGGUUUAAAGUCAGGAAAGUUGUACGUCAGGGUUGUGUUCUUUCACCAUACCUAUUCAAUCUGUAUGCUGAGCGAAUAAUCCGAGAGGCUGGACUAUAAGAAGAAGAAUGGGGCAUCAGGAUUGGAGGAAGACUCAUUAACAACCUGUGUUAUGCAGAGGACACAACCUUGCUUACUGAAAAUGAAGAGGACUUGAAGCACUUACUGAUGAAGAUCAAAGACCCCAGCCUUCAGUAUGGACUACACCUCAACAUAAAGAAACAAAAAUUCUCACAAUUGGAUACCAAGUUUUUGUUUCCAGUGACACAAGACACACAAGACAUAUAGGAAGCACUUAUAAAAUUAAGAACUCUUACAGAGAUUUUAGGGACUCAAUCCCUGGUUAAUAUGUGGCUGGUUUUCUCCUAACUUUUUAUUAUGAGGGAUUUCAAACAUAAGCAAAAGUAGGCAGAAUGCAGACCCCCACCCCCUGCCCCUCAUCACUUAGCACACUGUGCUGUUUCCACUGGGCCUCACCAGCCCUGUCGCUUUCCUGGGUGGGCCUCUUGACUUUGUGCCUGGCAUUGUGGGUACACUCUGUGGCUUUGGGCCCAUAACACAAUAUAUCUUAUUCUCAGCUUUCAUUUUUUGGAGCCCCUGGGUGGUGCAAAAAGUUAACACGCUCAGCUGCUACACGAAAGGCUGGAGGUUCCAGUACACCCAGAGGUUCCUCAAAAGAAAGGCCUGGCAAUCUACAUCUGAAAACCCAGCCACUGAAAACCCACAGUUCACUCUGAUGCAAAUGAGGUCACCAUUAGUUGUAGUCAAUUCAAAGGUAACUUUUUUUUUUUUUUUUUAACGGCUGCUUUUACAAGGGCUGAUUUGAGAAGCUGUGGCAGAAAUUGUAUGGCUGACAAAGCAUAAAACAUUUUCUUUCUGGCUUUUAAGGUCUCUGGGUGGUACAGUUUGCAUUCAACUAUGAACUGAAAGGCUGGUGAUUCGAGCCCGCCCAUCGGCACCGUGAAAGAAAGGCCUGGCAAUCUGCUUCUGUACGGAUUGUUAGAUGCUGUCCCUCUCGUUGAAGAUUUUCCUCUUUUUCACUGACUCUCUGCUUGGAUGGGUUGACACAGUGGCUGCAAUGAUGGGCUCAAGCAUAGUAACGAUCGUGAGAAUGGCGAAGGACCAGGCAGUGUUUUAUUCUGCUGUACGUAGUGUAGCUACGAGUUGGAACCAACUUGAUGGCACCUAACAACAACAACUACUUUACCAAGCAUGAUGUCCUUCUCUAGGGAUGGCCCCUCCUGAUAACAUGUCCAAAGCAAACACAGGACGGCUGGAGCAAAGCUCUUGCAAUCUUAUCAGAAACCGAGUUACAGGAGCUUGGUCAGUUUAAAGGAUUUAAUAAGUCGGUGGAAAAUUUGUUCCUGUCUGUUACCACCCAUAUGAAAAAGCUCUCCAAGUCCCAGAAUGACAUGACGUCUGACAAACACCACCUGGCCACGGGUCACAGGCAGAGCAAGGGUCGGUCUGAGAGGAGAAGCCAGUCUGACACCGCCAUCAAUGUCACCACCAGGAAGGUCAGCUCGCCGGAUAUUCUGAAAUCUCUCAAUCAAGAGGAUUCCAAACACUCUCCUGACCCUGUUUCGAAGCAACAGGACAGCUCAUCCAACCCAGCCGCCCGUCCACUGUUCUCUGGAGAGUUGAGACAUGGGAGUUUAAUUAGCAUUAACAGCACUUGUACAGAGAUGGGUAAUUUUGACAACGCUAAUGUCACUGGAGAAAUAGAAUUUGCCAUUCGUUAUUGCUUCAAAACCCAUUCUUUAGAAAUCUGCAUCAAGGCCUGUAAGAACCUUGCCUACGGAGAGGAAAAGAAAAAAAAGUGCAAUCCGUAUAUAAAGAUCUACCUGCUGCCUGACAGAUCCUCCCAGGGCAAACGCAAGACCAGAGUCCAGAAGAACACAACAGACCCAAUCUUUCAGGAGACUCUGAAGUACCAGGUGGACCCUGCCCAGCUGGCGGUGCGGCGGCUGCAGGUGUCUGUGUGGCACCUGGGCACUCUCACCCGGCGAGUGUUUCUUGGAGAAGUGCUCAUUCCUUUGGCCAUGUGGGACUUCGGAGACAGUGCGACACAGGCCUUCUGCUGGUACCCGCUGCGGCCCAAGGCAGAGACAUGUGAAGACAGUGUCCCUCACAAUAAUGGAGAACUUGCACUUCGGGCCAAACUCGUCCUCCCUUCAGGGCCCAGGAAGCUCCCGGAGGCUCAAGAAGGAACAGACGACCAGCCACCACUUAAUGGUCAACUCUGUCUGGUAGUGCUGGGAGCCAAGAACUUACCUGUGAGGUCCGAUGGUACCUUAAACUCAUUCGUUAAAGGUUGCCUCACUCUGCCAAACCAACAAAAAUUAAGACUGAAGUCGCCAGUCCUGAAGAAGCAAGCCUGUCCCCAGUGGAAGCAUUCCUUUGUCUUCAGUGGUGUGACCACCUCUCAGCUGAGGCAGUCCAGCUUGGAAUUAACCGUUUGGGACCAAGCCAUCUUCGGUAUGAAUGACCGCUUGUUGGGUGGAGCCAGGCUUGGUUCAAAGGAAGAGCCAGCUAGCGGCACCGACUCGUGCUCGCCAUCGAAGCUCCAAUGGCAGAAGGUGCUUUCCAACCCCAAUUUGUGGACGGACAUGACACUCGUCCUACACUGAAGCGGAAGCUGCAAGUCUGUCCCCGUGUUUGAUGGGUGUUUAAGGAUUGCACACCGGGGAAGGUUUUUGUAGGAACAGGGCAGUGAAGGCACAGCUGCAAAGCUUUCACAGAUGGCUGGACGGUGAAAAAGUUUCGACAGCCACGUGCCAUACUGAGAUGACAUUUUGAGAUGACUCAGUCUGUAUAUUUAAAUUAAAAAGAGCAAUUAUUGCUGUUAUAUUAGUACGUCUCAGGUUGGUGAUCUGUUCUUUGAGAGAAAUGGCAAUGGCCAGAUUUCAAUAAACGUUCAUUGGCUACCUGUGUCUCCCAGAGCUUAUGAAAUGACGUUGAAUAUUAAUUAGCUGGUGGUCCUGCUACGCUCACUCCAAAGAGAAAAAAAUAAUGCAGUGAGUAUUCAAUCCCUCCUGCUGGUGAGUUGAUUCCAGCUCCUGGCGGCACCAUGUGUUACACAGCAGAACUGCUUCACAGUUUUCUCGGCUGUAAUCUGAAAGCAGAUGACCAGGCCUUUCUUCCACUAUGCCGGCUGAGUGGGUCUGAACCACCACCUUUGGUUACCAGAUCAAUGCAGAUGUUUCAGCCACUCUCCUACACUACUUGGAAAAGAUUUAUGGAGGUUGUAUAGCUACGAAAAUCACCCCAUCAGGCAUGAGGGAAGACCCCUGCUUUCAGGGGUCCACUUGAGGACUGUGCAGUGACCCCUUGCAGAGAACCCCAUGGAGUUCCCAAGACACUGUCCCACCCCAGCACAUGUAAGCAGACAUGAACUCUGCACAAGGCCUUGCGAUCUUUUAUUUCACGUGGCUGUGGUGUGGACGCAGCUGCACACGACAAAUUAGCUGAAAGGACAAAGCAGCACGUAGAAAGGAAGCCACGAACGAGCCAGAAGAACCAACAGGAACGGCAGCUGACGUUUAGGUGGCUUUUCCAUGAUGGGGAAGCAAAUAGAAAGAGAUCAGAAUGAAGGUCUGUGGGAACACUGGGUUGAUACACAGGUUUACAGGGUCCCUUCAGGGUUGGAGUCUGAAUUAUCAAAACAGCGUGCAUUUUUCAAACAAGAAGCUUUGUUAGAAAACCAAGGAGUGCACACUCAAUUACAUGCAUGAGGUACACAAUGAGUAAAAAAAGUCAUUUUUACAGAAGGGAGGAUAACAGGGAAACCAGCUUCCUGACGGCUAGCCGCCACGUCAGAGCAAGUGCUACGUUCCAUGGCUUUUCACAUGGAAUUGUUUUAUUAUUCUGUAAAAGGUAACAAAAUAUACAGAACAAAACUUUCCCUUUUUAAACUAAUGUUACAAACCCAUAUUAUCGCUUAUAUAUAAAUACUAUACCCUACAGCUGGUCGUUAAUUAGGCGUAAAGAAGUCCAACAAUGUGUUCCUCUAACUGUUAAGCAAAACAGAACAAAAAAGUUUAUCCAGGAGUGUCCUCCUAUAUCGUUUAUUCUGAAUGAUCGCUGCAGAUUUUGGUUGACUGACUGCACUGGAGGAAGGAAAUGUAUGUGUUGUGUGUGUUUUAGAUUCCAUUUUCGAAAU